AUGCAUUUAGAUAAUCUAUUAAUAUUCUAUCAAAACUGUGGUGGCUUGAAAACUAAAAUUACUCAAUUGAAAUUAAAUUUACUUACCUGUGAGUACGAUGUAAUUAUCCUAGUCGAAACUUGGCUUUCUUCUGCUGUUUUUGACUCUGAAAUAAAGGCCGAUAGCUACUUAAUGUUCCGUCGAGACAGAAAUCUUAAUCUCACGGAUAAAAAAGGAGGUGGAGGCCUGUUGAUUUUAGUUAAAAAAAACAUUAAUGUACUAAGAAGGUUUGACCUUGAGGCUAAUAAUAUAGAGGAAAUUUACUUACAUUUCCCUUGCUACUCUGACUUACUUUUGUGCGCAUGCUACAUACCACCAGCAUCCAAAAGCACUAUGUUUGAUAGGUUUUUCUGUAAACUGCAUGAUGUUCAUUUGAAUGGACAUUUUUCAAAUUUGAUGUUAAUAGGAGACUUUAAUCUACCUUACCUUAAAUGGCUGUCUGAUUGUCCGUCACCACACCCAGUUGUGUCCGAUACUGACAUAUCCAAAUUAUUAACUUACACUAUGGCCUUAUUAAACUUGCAUCAAUUUAAUACUAUUCUAAAUGAGAAUAGCAGAACACUAGAUCUCGUUUUUAGUACCAGCAGACACAUAACUGUUAACACUGCAGAAGAUCCGCUACUCAACCUUGUUCCUCACCACCCUCCACUCGAAAUAUUACAUUCAGCGUGCAAUAGGGAACCUCAUAUGUCAACCUUCAACGACCACAAAAUUAAGAGAAACUUCUUUAAGGCUGACUACGAACUCAUUAACAAGGAUCUUUGUAAUAUAAACUGGACAUCGGAACUCGCCACUCUGUCUCCCGAAUUAGCUGUUGACAAAUUUUACAAUCUCUUAAAUGACAUAAUUGAGAAACAUGUGCCCCAGACAAAAUCAAAACCCCCUCGCUAUCCGAACUGGUUUUCUAAAAGUUUAAUUUCUACACUUAGGCGAAAAACUAAGGUAUGGAUGCGUUGGAAAACUUAUGGUUCAUUAAGAGAUUAUCAAGAAUUUGAUUUACUGCGGAAGCGAGUCAAACUACUAAUUAGGAACUGCUACAAUCUAUAUAUUGAAAAUAUAGAAAAGUCUCUUAAAGACAAUAUAAAGUUGUUUUGGAAAUAG